UCCGACGACGAAUUCCACUAAGACGAGCCAUUCGACCACGACGUGAUAGACUCCGGAAUUGAGAGCUCCACACCUCCGCAGAAACGUAUACCGCGCCCGCCUCCCACGCGAACCCGCUCACGCUGUGCCCGCCGGUCUCACACCAAUCCCCGAACCCGAGUUAUAACCCCCGCUCCUCGUCCCCGUUUUUCCACAGCUGCCAAUAUGACUCCGGCUAGGGAUAUCCUGCCCCGUGCCGGCGACCUCGCCCGCACCGUCUCGAACUCGCUGUCCCUGAGCACGAGCCCCGAGUUCAACCGGUUCCACUCCCCCGUCGAAGCGCGGCAGGGCAGCUACUCGAGCUACGGCGGCGGCAACAUCGGGCUCGCGGCCAAGCAGCUCAAGCCCUUCGAGACCAAAGACAUCAAAGUCCUGCUGCUGGAAAACGUGAACGCGACCGGCGUGGAUAUCUUACAGGGGCAGGGAUACCAAGUCGAAGUGCUGAAAUCGAGCUUACCGGAAGACGAACUGGUGGCUAAGAUUAAGGAUGUGCAUGUUAUUGGGAUACGCUCGAAAACGAAGCUGACGGAGCGCGUGUUGAAGCAGGCGAAGAACCUGAUCGUGAUUGGGUGUUUUUGCAUCGGGACGAAUCAGGUGGAUUUGCAGUAUGCGGCGCGCCAGGGGAUUGCGGUGUUCAAUUCGCCGUUUAGCAAUUCGAGGAGUGUGGCGGAGCUUGUCAUUGGGGAGAUCAUAGCCCUAGCAAGGCAGCUGGGCGACCGGUCGAACGAGCUGCACAACGGGACGUGGAAUAAGGUCAGCAAAGGGUGCUGGGAGAUCCGCGGCAAGACGGUGGGGAUCGUGGGGUACGGGCAUAUUGGGAGCCAGCUGUCCGUGCUGGCGGAGUCAAUGGGCAUGUCGGUCAUCUACUACGACGUGCUGAACCUCAUGGCGCUGGGGACAGCGCGGCAAGUGGGGAGUUUGGAGGAGUUGCUGGCGGGUGCGGACUUUGUGUCUCUGCAUGUGCCGGAGCUGCCCGAGACGACGAAUUUGAUUGGGGCGAAGCAGUUUGAGCAGAUGCGGAAUGGGAGCUAUCUGCUCAACAACAGCAGAGGAAGUGUCGUGGAUAUCCCGGCGUUGAUUGAAGCUAUGAAGAGCGGGAAGAUUGCGGGCGCGGCGUUGGACGUCUACCCUAACGAACCCGCUGGGAACGGUGACUACUUCACCAACGACCUCAAUCCCUGGACAGAAGAACUCCGAAAGCUCAAGAAUCUGAUCCUGACGCCGCAUGUGGGUGGUAGCACAGAAGAGGCACAGAGCGCGAUUGGGGUGGAGGUUAGUCAGGCGCUGGUGCGGUAUGUCAACGAGGGCACGACGCUUGGGGCUGUCAAUAUGCCCGAGGUCAAUUUACGGUCCCUGACGCUGGACGAGCCAAACCAUGUCAGAGUCAUUUAUAUACAUAAGAACGUGCCGGGUGUGCUUGGGCGAGUCAACGCGAUCCUCGGUGACCACAACGUCGAUAAGCAGAUGACUGAUAAUAGAGGCGAGGUGGCCUACCUCAUGGCCGACAUCAGCGAUGUCAAAGAAAGCGAAAUCAGGGAUCUUUACCAGAGCCUUGAGAAUCUGUCUUGUAAGCUGAAUUCAUCUUCAGUCAAGACGCAGCCGCGGCUAAUGAGUUCAACAGCUCGUAUACGCACCAGGGUGCUCUACUAGAUGCGCUAUCAAGAGUGUUUGGAUGCGUGUUGCUGCAUUGGAUUGGGCUAGUCUUUCAACCGGGAUGGGAUAGAAUAUUCUUUUGGGGAAUAGAAAAAGUAG